UCAUGCUGACGUCUGUCUACGUGUUCGAAGCAAGUCUGUGAAAGUGUUUGCGUAUGCGUUUGACGAGACGAAGUUAUAUGUGCUGAGAUCUCCUGUGUAAUGCACACACAAAAACUUUGAUUCAUUCAGUUCAUCAUAUUGCAAGUGAUAUAUUAGUUAAGUUAUAACAUAAAAGUCAUUCAUAUAUCAUCAUGCCUGCAGCACCGAGUGCAACAUCUGUUGGAGGAGCAAGUAGGUCCCCUUCUAAAGCUGUAGCCCCCAGAUCCACUAAUGGAGGCACAGUUAGACAAAGAAAAACAACCACAACAACUGCUGCUCGCAGUAGGAAUACAGGAGCAGGUACUGGUGGUAUGUGGAGGUUUUACACAGACGAUUCUCCUGGAAUCAAAGUAGGUCCAGUCCCAGUUCUAGUGAUGUCCCUCCUUUUCAUCGCUUCAGUGUUUAUGCUUCACAUCUGGGGAAAAUAUACUAGGUCCUAGUUAUGUAUAAUAAUUAUCAUUCCUUAUUCAGAAUCAUUAUUUAAAUGCAUUUUUAUGUAUGAGUAAGCAUUUUAGAUUUUCUAUUGUUAUAAUAAUAAGAGAAGAAAUAAAAAAUUUCUUAUUGUA